CGCUUGUUCAUUCUGUCACUCACUCAGUUUCAUUUGUCAUGUCAAAAUGUUACGAACAAGCUCGCUGCGCUCCGCCAUGUGAAGGAAUCAAAUUAAAAUACAGUCCUUUGUGAUAUUUUCUCGGCGUUCUUGUGCUUUACUUGAAUGGGAAAAGUGAUGCUUGCGUACGGUACAAUAGAUUAUUACGACAGAAUUAAUUCUGUUACAGUUUUCGGCUUUAAUAUUUGACACUUGUUUCCACGUGGUUCACGUCACAAUUUGGUCGACGUGUUAAUUUUCUACUUUUAUAAAAGUUCCUGACCGUAAUUAAAAGAAGAAAUGGAGUCGUUGAACAUCUCGGACCUGAACUUGUAUAGCGGGAGAAGCAAGAGCUCCCAACACAACGGCGUGAAGUUUGAAAGGACAGAAGAAAAAUUCGAACGAAAUCACCUCACAGACCAAGAUGAAGAAUACCACUGUGAAUACAAGGAGGAAAUAUGGAAGAGUCUACUAGAACAGGAAGCUGAAAAGCCAACUAUCCAUCUUCAAUCACCUCAGCUGGAGUUCCGUGGAGCCUUAGUACAGCAGCUUCGUGACGUCACCAAGAAAUUGGGUCUUAGCAUUGCGACCUUGCACUCAGCGGUGGCUCAAUUAGACUUGUUCAUGGACGCUCACAGACUCAGGGCCGACCGACUUACGCACGUCGCUUUGGCCUGCUUGAGUUUAGCAGCAAAAAGCGAGGAAAAUCUCAGUCGAGCGCCCACAUUGAAGACUUUGUCGAAGAUAAGUGGAGUUCACCUGUGUGGGAAGACGUUCAGGCAGUUGGAAUGGAUGGUCGGGCAACACGUACGUUGGCGUCUGUUGUCACCAACACCAGUUUCUUAUGCGGCACUGUUGGCCCAAUAUGUGGUCACCGACAGUGACCUCACAACCCGACAUCCCAAGUUUGUCAGACGAUUCAAGCGAGAUGGCGCAAAGGCACUAGAAGCUUAUUUAGACUUGACCCUGUCUGAUGUCCGGCUGAAAGUGGUGGAGUGCGUGGACGUGGGCUGCGCGUGCGUGGCGUGCGCUCGCGCCGAGCUGGGGCUGGUCGCGUGGCCGGCCUGGCUCGCCGCCCUCGCCGGACGACAGCCCGCCGCCGUCGCGCCCAUCGCUCGACUACUGCAGAGGAUGAUGCAAAUACUCAAAUCACGUGAGACGUCUGUGGAACCUGACGUGGACCAGGGAUACAGCAGUGCUCGGACGUCCCCUAACCAGACUCCGAGCACGUCCCCCACCCUCCACGUAUCGCCGGCCUCCAGUACUUGCAGCUCGUCAUCGUCCUCCCGCAGUCACUCCCGCGUAGACACCUCCUACCGUCAGCGCCCAGUAGAACGUCGACCUGACACCAACUACUCAGUCUUAGACUUAAAUGACUCAAACGUCCCUCAGAAUGUCAACACACAAAAUUACUACACUCUACCCACUGCCGUAGACAUGACCAUGCAACGUGUCAACACAUCGGCUGAUUACAGGUAUUGUAGGUCCAGUAGACUUAUUGAUGCUAGUUUAGAUGUUCAACCCUCAACUAGUAUGGCUGUGAAACGUGGCAUAGACGCCAAUGUAGAUAUCGAGAGGAAGAGGUACAGGCUAGCCUCACAGAUGUCACAGGUUGUUCUAUGAUCAUGUCUAGUCUUUAUUAAAGUCUGUAUUCAUGAAUAUACCUUGUUGCUAUAAUACCUCGAUUUUUCUUACUAUCCUUUUGAGUCUAAGACUUGUCAAAAGUUCUGAUUGUGAUGACAAGGACUGAUUUUAUAUUUUGUUUCUUUCAAACUAUUACGUGACAGUGUUAUGGCGUGCUUGUAUUAGAGUAUUUUUGACUUACAAGGAUGAACCUCUAGUAAAUGUAAAGAAGGAUUUAAGCAGACUACGACUUUGAUUGAAAUGAGUACAAAAAUAUAAAAAAGUAUUUUGUAUAGUUGUUACAUGUAGUUUUGCACACACAGACGUAAAAUACAGGUUUUUUUUUCGUUGCAAUUUCAACUGUCAUGAAUACAGACAACUGAUUACACAUACUUUUGAUUUUAGAUAUUAUUUGUUGAAUAUCGGCUGAAACUUUGAUCGGUCAUGAAAUUAAUUAGAAAAGAAACCAAACUAAGCUUUUUAAGAUAUGCCCUUAUCAUCAAGUGAAAUGGACAUAUAGAUACUGAACCCAAACUCAAUAUAUUUUCUUCCAAUUCUAUCAUAUUCCAUAUGAUUGUUAGCAUGUUAUCUACAUGUAAUUUUAAUUUGUCAAGUUUCACAUUCUUAGAUUUCAUUACAUAGUUUGUUACAGGUCUACCUUAUA